GUCUCUUUAUUGGAACUGCUAACAACUCAUUAACAUCUGAAAUGUGACAAGGGGCCCUAACUAAACACUGCUUUAUUGUUAGGGGAAACAAGCCAAAAAAGUUGGGAAACGCUAGUUAAAUCUUUUACAAAGUGUAAAAGGUUUAAAAAUAUAAAAUGUUAAUCUGCAAAGUGACGUGUGACUAAAGCUGUUAAAUAAAUGUAGAUGAGUAAAAUGUACAACAUAUCAUGCAGAAUUAUAAAGUAGCAUAAAAUGGAAAGUCUUAAAAUCAUAGUCAAGUACAAUACUGUAAAAUGUACUUGGUAAAUGUACGUAGUUACUUGAGUGUCAAAUAAAUAAGUACUGAGUCUAAUAUAAUCUAAUGUUCAGAUGAGUGUAACACACUUAGGUGUAGAGUGAGGAGUGCAUGAAGGCACUAACCGAUACUGAGUAUGUGUAAAGUCUAUGAUCCAGAUCUAUCUUAUCUAUUUAAGAUACUGUAGGGAAUGCCUAUGCAUCUGAUGAUGAUAAAUAAAAUGCACUUCUUAACUCCAUGGACUGAAGUCCACCUUGAACACCUCAAGUAUUGUUUAAAACCUUAUCAUCCAUUUUACAAAAGGUCAUUUUGUGGACUGGAUUACCUGGCCUGACUCCACUUGAAGACGGAGGUGGGCAGGUGUCAAGGAACAUGUUUGGGUGGGGAUUGUAUUGAUAUAAUGAAUCUUAGUAACCUUCACCUUAAAAGUUUUAUGACUUGUAAUGCAAUUCCAGGUUUAGUGUACUAGCUGCUGGUUAUAAAUAACAACAACACCUCGCAGUGCCUUCGGCUUUAAUCUGUAGACUGCGUCAGGCACAGCUGCAGGUUCUCUAGGUGUAGAGUGUCUGUGAAAAUCAUCCUGGGACAGAAAUCUCUAAUAGGCAAAAGUCAGAGACUAGCAACAAUGGGAGUAGAGAAAAUGGAAAUGGAAGACACCGGCUCUACUUUGAUGGAGAAGAGCAAGAAGCCACCUGUGUCCAAACCUCCCAACAAAUAUGAGACACUGUUCCAGCCCUGCCUGGCUGAGAUAGUGGGGACCAUGUUCUUUGUUUUCAUUGGCUGCGUGUCUGUCAUCGAGAAUGUGCCAGCAGCUGGACGGCUGCAGCCAGCCCUGGUGCAUGGACUGGCUGUGGCAGUGAUGGUGGCGGUCAUGGAUAACAUCAGUGGCUCCCAUUUCAACCCUCCCUUCACUAUUGCCAUCUACCUGUGUGGAGGCAUGGAGUUAAUGAUGGUGGGACCCUACAUCAUCAGCCAGCUGAUUGGAGGGGUGUUGGGAGCUGGAAUGUCCAAGCUGAUGACCCCCGCAGAACGCUACUUAAACGCCACAGGAGCUGCGUUUGAUAUCCUCAAGUCACAAAGCCAGCUGUCUGGAGCCAUCUUUGGAGAGGUGGCCAUGACCUGCUUGGUCACCAUGGUGGUGCUGCUGGUGGCGGUGAACGGAAAGACGAAAACCCCGCUGGCUCCUUUCCUGGUGGGCUGUACCGUCAUCAUUAACGUCCUGGCAGGGGGUGAUGUAUCAGGAACGUGUCUGAACCCGGCCAGGGCUUUUGGUCCAGCCCUGAUGACCAACCACUGGACAUAUCACUGGGUUUACUGGGUGGGCCCCAUAGGAGGAGGUCUUGUGGCCGCUGCUCUGCUCAGGCUCAUUCUCGGUGAUGAUAAGUUACGAGUCGUUAUGAAAUCCUAACAGUCUCUUUUGUGCGUUUAUUACCAUCCAUGGGACAACAUAAACCUAUAAACAUUGAAUGUCUCGGCAUGUGAGUGGAUACUUUUGAUCAUGUCAUAAUGCCAUGAGGUCAGCUUGAUGCUGAAGUUUUCUUUUUCAUGUAAAACUAUGGGAUAACUGUGUGGAUUUGUCAGGAUGAAAUAAAGAUUAAAAAACAUAGAGAAGAUCUCUUUAUUUGUUCCCAUGCCUAUAAAAAAACUAAAAACUAGGCCUAUAUGUCGGUAGACAUCAUAGGCUACUAUUUCCUGUGCAUGUAUGUUGUGAUAACGCAUUUCAAGAGACAAAAAAAGGACACAGUAGUCUCAAUUUUUGGCGGCAUGCUGUUUAUUAUUUAAUUUUUCGCCAUGAGUUACAUGGUCAAGAGCGGCAGACCGCAUUAUACGUUGCGGACAGCUUAGCGGUAUCUCUCAGACAGAGCCAGAGCCAGGGCGCUCAGGAAUUUAUCGAAGCUGACGUGGACCUCAGGGGGGAACUCCUUGGGGAACUGACAGGCGAUCA